AUGGUAGCCGGGGUACGUGCAAUCGAAGUGAAAAAUCGACAUAUAACACGCAAUCAAGUUAAUUUGAUAAACAAAAAUAAAUCAAAAAAUAAGAAUUUAGCCGCGGCUAAAAUAUUACAUCCCUAUGGAAUUUACCCGCCACAGGCACCUUAUAAACCCAGAAAGGACUUUGAAUCAUAUCACUUCGGAGCAGCUCGUUUCCAUAUCCUGAUAGGAAGCGCAGGCAAAGUUCCUUGCGAGGAGACGAAACUUGUGGCAUCCGAGGCAAAGGAAAAACUCGUUCUUCUCAAAAAUGCGUCUGUGGAUUGCACAUGGAGUAUCAGUACAUCCACAAGAAGAACGAUUGAAUUGACAUGGCCUGCAAACACUGCUCAGGAUUUAGGAAAGGCUUCUGCUACAAAUUGUAUCACAGUGACAUUCCCUGAAGGCUCAAAAACGAAAGAAUGGUGCAAAGCAACGGAAGACAUAAUUCAGUCCAAAGGUCCAAUUACAAUUGUCCGGAAGACCGCGAGUGCUGACCCUCCUGGUUCAAAGGAACAGUUGGAAGACAUUAUAUUGGUUUAUCAGCUGGUCAACGAUGCGGAAUGCACAACCGCCCCGGGACGACCAGCGGAACAGUUGCAGUCCUUCAGUGUAUCAUCCAAAGAUCCUAUAACACCAGGACUUGCCUGCAGAUGGGUACUUCAAUCUGGUGAACAAAAAAGCAUGCAAAUUAGUUUGGAUGUGAACUCCCAGGCGUCCACAGAACAAUGCGUCAGUGUUUCAGACGCAGCCAGUACAGAACCCCCAACAGGAUCCCAGAUUUGUGCCACAGAAGGCAAAAACGUGUUUACUGCCGAUGCUGAUAAAAGUGUCGCCAUCACGUUUGCAAGCUCUAAAGAGUUAAAAAACUUCAACGUUAAUUAUCAACUCGGUGAGCCUGUUUUUUACAAUGUCGAAACCUUUCGGAUAUUGAUGUAUUGUGUUGUUCCAAAAGAAAGUGUACCGGAUGCAUGA